UAUAAACAGGGUAUGAUAAGUGUAGUGUUAUGCGCAGUACUUGAUCCUCGUAAUUUAACAUUUCCUGAAGUGAAUACAACAGAUAAAUCUAUAAAACCAAAAGCUUUUGGAAUUUAUCUGCAAAAAGGAAAGCAUUUGGAAGGUGAUGAGGAAGAAAACUCUGAAGAGGAAGAAGAAAGGAGACGAAUCGAGGGAUAUAAGGCAAAACGCUUUAUUCGUUUUAUGAUUGGCGGUGCCGUUUUAUUAAUAUUUCUUCUGGUUGUCUCAGUCAUUGCCAUUUUCUUUUGGAUUCGACGUUCAAAGAAUCAACUAAAAAAGAAACGUGAAACUUUUGAGGCUAUGCGGAGGGAUAGAGAACAGAGAUAUAUGGACUUCCCUGCUAGAAAAGAAGAUCCAUGGGAACUGGAAAGGCGAAACUUGAUUAUUUAUGAAGAAAAAAAGCUUGGCGCAGGAGCAUUUGGAGCUGUUUAUUUGGGUAAAUUGGUUGGUAUAAGUCGGUUAAAGGCUGCUGGGAAUAAUUUAAGUAUAGGCCUUUUGAGAGCUGAAAAUGCACUUGUGGCAGUUAAAAUGUUGCCAGGUGUUUAUUUAAAGUUUAGGGUUACUGUAUUUUGA